UUCGCGAAUUCGUUGCACACACAAUAAAAAAUAAAAUAAACAUUUUCAAUCAACUCAUGCUCAAUUUGCUCAUUGUGUUUUGUGAAUUUUCGUAUUUUUCGUCUUGUUUUUGUAAUAUUUUAAGUUAUCCAAUUACACUCUAAAUUGGUAUUUAUUUUCAUGCUGUUGAGGAAUAUCUUCAAAACAAACAUCGUAAAAAAUUCGUAUCUGCAUCUGCAGACAUCAUAUAUUUUAAAACACCAGCAGGCAACUUCACAAAUUAUCUGUAAGAGAUUCGUAAGCGAAAUGGAGAUCUUAUAUCCUAAUCCUAGAAGAGAUGAAAGUAUAUCCGACACUUACUUGAAUAAGGUUGAAGUCAAAGAUCCAUACAGAUGGAUGGAAGACCCGGAUAGCGAAGAAACUAAGAAAUUCGUCGAUGAACAGAACGCCAUUACUAGGCCUUUCUUGGAUAAAUGCCCUUUUCGGGCGGAUAUAAAUACUCGUCUCACUGAAUUAUGGAACUAUCCUAAAUACUCUUGUCCUCGUCAGCACGGCGAUAAAUUCUUCUUCUACAAGAAUACCGGUCUUCAGAAUCAAAGUGUACUUUACGUGCAAGAUUCGUUGACAGCCGAACCGAAGGUCUUCAUUGAUCCGAAUACACUCAGCGAUGAUGGCACUGUUGCCUUGCAAGUUACUGCUUUCUCCGAAGAUGAGCAAAUUUUUUCGUAUGGCUUAAGCUCUUGUGGCUCUGACUGGAUUAGUGUUCAUUUUAAGCAUGUGGAAAAAGGUGAUAUUUACCCGGAGCAAUUGAAUAAAGUGAAGCUUACGGAGCUAUCGUGGACUCAUGAUAAUAAAGGGAUAUUUUACGGGUGUUACCUUGAUCAAGAAGGCAAAACCGACGGUUCAGAAACGGAAACUAAUAAAAAUCAGAAACUAUACUAUCACAGAGUUGGAACUCCUCAAUCUGAAGAUGUUUUAGUGGUGGAAUUCCUGGAAGAACCAAAUUUUAUUAUUGGUUCCGGUGUUAGCGAUUGCGGCAGAUACUUGAUUGUAACCCCGCAGAAAGGCUGUCAAGAUAAUUUAGUUUAUAUUAGUGAUUUAGAAACAGUUAAAUAUGAAAUAAGCGGUAAAUUAGACCUUAUACCAAUCAUCACAAAAAUCGAAGCUGAUUACGAAUUUAUCGCCAACAACGGUACAUCAUUCAUUUUUAGAACCAAUAAAAAUGCGCCUAAUUAUAAGCUGAUCAUUAUUGAUAUUGAAAAUCCUGCGCCCGAAUCGUGGCAAACUUUAAUACCAGAAAAUGAAAAAGACGUUUUAGAGUGGGCCGAAGCAGUAUACGAUAAUUAUUUAGCCAUAUGUUAUAUUCAAGAUGUCAAGAGUGUUCUUCAACUUCACGAUUUAAAAACAGGAAAAUUGAUCAAAAAAUUCCCUCUGGAGACUGGUACAAUUACAGGGUUCUCAGGUGAUAGAAAAUAUAAAGAUAUAUUUUUCCAAUUCGCGUCUUUCCUUACACCGGGUAUAAUUUAUCACUGCGACUUAUCGAAUCCUCAAUUCGAUGUGGAGAUUUUCCGAGAAAUAGAGGUGGAGAAAUUUGAUCGCGAAAAAUUUACUACGGAGCAGGUGUUUUACCAGAGUAAAGACGGAACUAGAGUGCCGAUGUUUAUUAUUUAUAAGAAAGGCUUACAGAAAGAUGGAAACAAUCCGUGUUACUUAUACGGUUAUGGCGGAUUCAAUAUAAGUUUAUUACCUUCAUUUAGCGUCACUCGUUUAGUAUUUAUUGAUAAUUUUGAUGGCGUUGUUGCCGUACCAAAUAUUAGAGGCGGAGGCGAAUAUGGUGAAAAAUGGCACCGCGGAGGUAGACUGGAGAACAAACAAAAUGUCUUCGAUGACUUCCAGUCCGCGGCUGAAUAUUUAAUUCAAGAGAAAUACACCUGUAACAAAUUACUCACCAUUAACGGUGGAUCAAAUGGUGGUCUAUUGGUAGCUGCUUGUGCCAAUCAACGACCGGAUUUGUUCGGCUGCGCUGUAGCUAAUGUGGGUGUUCUAGAUAUGUUACGUUUUCAUAAAUUCACAAUCGGGUAUCUUUGGGUGAGUGAUUAUGGUUCAGCGGAAAAUGAAAAAGAUUUCGAAUACUUGUAUAAGUACUCCCCGUUGCACAAUAUCAGGAUACCGGAUGAUCCUAAUAUUCAAUACCCUGCUACUUUACUUUCUACCGCAGAUCACGACGAUCGAGUCGUACCUUUACACUCGUUGAAGUUCAUCGCCACAUUACAACACACUUUCAGAAACCACCCUUAUCAGAAAAAUCCCCUUCUAAUAAGAAUCGAGAAAAAGGCCGGUCACGGUGGUGGCAAACCAACAGCUAAAAUUAUCGAAGAAAUCACAGAUAUUAUGUGUUUUAUCGUAAACACUACCGGAAUAAAGUUCCAUCUUUAAGAUCUUGGAUUGGAUUGAAUAUAAUAAAAUAAUAUACAUAAUAUGAUUAAUUCGUACGUAUUUACAAGUAAUGAAACUAAUCGUUGAAAUACUUCAUCUGCAUUGAUUGUUGAUCAAUCGGCGUAAUAUUGUUGUGUGUGAAUUUCAGUGUAAUUUUUUCAAUUCAUGUUUUUCAAUUCUGCGACUACCUACCUUAUUGUUUUUUAUUAUUAUGAUUAUUCUUAUUAUUUAUUAAUCAGAUAUUUUUUUACGAAUGAAAUUUAUAAAUUGUUA